AUGAAGUUCUUCGGUUUCGUUCUCGGCGCCCUUGCCCUCGUCUCCGGCGCCAUUGCCGUUGACAUCCAAAAGUCGGUCAUCAUCACCUACAAGGAGAACACUCCCGACUCGGUCAUCAAGCAGGACAAGCAGAGGAUUGUCGAUGCCGGCGGUGUCAUUACCCACGAGUACACCCUCAUGAAGGGCUUCUCUGCCAAGGUUGGCGAAAAGACUCUCGAGUCGGUUUCCGCCUCCAGCGAGAACUACGGCACUAUCGAGGAGGACAAGGUCGUCAACACGAACUAA